AUGAAUUCAUAUAUAACAUACAAUUGCAUAUUUUUAUUCAUAUUAUUCGGAUCUGUGAGAUCAGCUGAUAAAAUUAAUAAUAAAUCAGGUGAUAAUAAAAAUGGAGGUCCAGAUGAUACCAAUGACUUAGGCCUAGUACCAUAUAGUGACAGUGAAGGAGAAGGAGAUGGGGAUCUUAAAGUAACAGAAACAUCUGUGGAACCCGAGGGUUCUGGAAAUGCUGAGGAAACAAAAUCUCAAAAACAACCGGAACCAUCUGAAAUGGUUACUCAGCCUGUGGAAUAUUCUGAUCCAAAUCAACAUGCACAACCAGUACAGUAUUAUAAUACACAACCAGUACAGCUUUAUGAUACACAACCAACACAGCAGGAUGGAAUUCCACAACAGCCAAUACCAGUAGAUCCUUUACAACCACAACAUUAUUAUCAACAGGUGCAGUAUGUACCAGGGCCUGAACCAGGCUUUGUUGUAGUAACACAAGAAAUUGACCCAACUUUUAUACCAUCCCAACCUAUUCCAAUACAGCAUUAUGAUCCUUAUCAACAUUAUAUACCUGUACAACAUACAUAUUACGGACCUCAACCAUAUCAACCAGUAACGCAAUAUACACAAUAUGUAGAUCAACCUCAGCCUUAUCCGCAAAAUAUUCCUUAUGGCCCACAACAACAAUUUUAUCCAGUAUAUUUUCCCGAAUCGCUACCAAUGUCACAACAACAGUAUUAUCCUGAAUAUCAACAAUCUCAACUGCAACCAUUUCAACAACAGACUGAACAUGAACAAUCUGAAAAAAGAAAAACUUUUGAUAAAAAAACUAAAUCUAAGGGUUAUGAUUCCAGUAAAUUUUCUAAGAAGCCUGAAAAACGUAAAUCUAAAACACCAGUUUCGAAGCCUAGCGAAUUAAGAGGUCAGCCUUUAUAUAAGCCACCUACACAAGCAUAUCCUACAUCAACUCAGCAAUUAGAUCUUGGACCAAGAUUUAGACCACCUACAAAUCUCAGACCACUUAUCUCAGGUCCAGCUCAAGAUAAACCCAGUUAUCCUCAAUACACUCUAUACCGGCGGGAACAAACAAAAUUGCCACAAUCGAAAACACCCACUCAACCAACUCACGAACAUAAAUCACCAGCUGAGACAUCCAAACCGCCUGAAACAAAAGGUGCUGAAGGAUUGAAAUCUGAAACUGUUCCAGUUCAACUAGGUUCAGAUGAUGAAGGGAAGUUAGUUGAUCAAUUAUCAGAACUUCAAUUGGCUGGUGAUAAACCAAAGGAUAAACCAGCUCAGCCAACCGAACCAAGUGGUUCAGAUCAGCAGUUACAACCUGAACAUAUUCCGGUAGAAGUAGGAUCUGAUGAUGAGGAACCUGAAGAGGGUGCAGCUGGUGGAGAGGAUGGAGAUGAGGAUAAGAAAGAAAAAAAACCUGAAGAAACUAAGAAACCCAAAAAAUGUAAAUCAAUAAUUUUUAUGAAAAAGGAUGAACAAGGAAUUUUGGUUCCAAUGAUAGAAAUAAAAGACUAUAUGUGUUUACAUUAUGGCUUUGCCAAAACAAAAUAUAAUAUUUUUGCAGAUCUUGAACAAGUAGUAUGUGACGGAGAGGUUAUAUAUUUCCAUAUACCUGAGAAAGAUUAUGUCAGAAAGUUAACUUAUAAUAGAAAAGAAAAUGCGUUUAUAAUGGAACGUGUGGAUAUGUUCGUACUAAUUAAAAGAGUUAAUGGAAAAUGGAGUUAUAGUGGACGCAGACAUAUUAAUUACAUUAAAAUGUAUACGCAAGAUGCUUUGGGAAACGAAGUUGAGAUGACAAAAGAACAAUAUUAUGUUGAAAUGAGUCCUGCCGGAUCAAUUAAAUACACAUUUGUGCCUGGAGUUAAAUGUAAAAAAUUACUGUAAGAGGCCAAGUAGUAUGGAUUAAAACAUGUUUUGAUGAUCAUCCAGUAGAAUUUUCUUACACGGUCCGGUUUGCUUUUAUAGUUUAUUUCCCAGGAUACGUUAAAACAUUUGCAAGGAAAGAUGGAGUUUUUAAACAAGUAUUUACUAGAACAAAUUUUCAGGGAUAUAAAGAUUAUUAACCUAACCCGAGUUAACUAAUAUGGCAUAAUAUAUACCAAGGAAUAUUCGU